AUGGGGCUUACGAAGCAAACCAGUGUCUCUGUCGUCGAGGUACAGCCUGAUCAUGUUAAUGACACUCCGGCCUCUUACAGGCCAGGUCAGGCUAUCCGGCCGGGGUUCGCGAGGUCCGAGUCAACCCUUGUUGCCCAGGAAAUUGACGAAAAGGCAGUGAAGAGCAGUCUUGAUGCCCUUCCUCACCCAGAGCUUUCCCAAGAAAGCACGUCGGAAACAGAUAACGACCAGGCGCAACCAGAGACUGGAAAGCUCUCAUCAUGGAGAGGCGCUUUGAUAUUACUCAUAACCGGCGGAGCUAUGUUUAUGGAUAAUGUAUUCAUGACUAGCACAAACAUUUCCCUAUCAGCGAUACAGAAAGAGUUCGACGUAGAGUCAUCGGAUCUGCAGUGGAUGAUCUCGGCAUAUACCCUUUCUUUUGGUGGAUUUUUGUUGCUUUCUGGUGUCUUGUCUGACAGAUAUGGUAGAAAGCCCAUGCUCAUUGGCGGCUUGGUGUGGCUCUCGAUCUGGACCCUAGUGAUAGGCUUCGGUUCCUCUUUUAUUGAGAUAGCUGUUUUUAGAGGAUUGCAAGGUAUCGGCGCAUCGCUGACCAUCCCCUCUGCUGUGGGUAUACUUAGCUCCUACUUCACUGGUCAGGACAGAACACGCGCACUAGGAUUAUAUGCUGCCUCUGGCGCCGUGGGGUUUACGGCUGGUCUCGUUCUCGGCGGACUUCUCUCUUCCUCUCUUGGAUGGCGAUACAUAUUCCGCUUGUCGGUUAUUGUCAGUGGUUUACUCGCCAUCCUUGCGAUACUAGUCCUCCCUCCAAACCGCAAGGCAGAUAACUCCAAGUCCAAGCUGGACUAUUUCGGUGCUUCACUUUCUACCAGCGGACUUAUCCUCCUCUCAUUUGUGCUGUCUGGUGGAGGAGUUUAUGGCUGGGGGAAAGCGUUCAUCAUUGUCCUCUUGAUAUCGGCCGUUGGCCUACUGUUCGCUUUUGUAUAUUGGGAGAACAAAAUCAGUAACCCUAUCAUGCCAUUAUCCCUAUGGAAGAUCCGCAAUUUUCCAAGUAUCUGGAUUGUUGGCUUCACGGUUAAUGGUAGCUACACAGCAACUCUAUACUAUACCGUUCUCAUGGCUCAGCAAGUCGACAAUCUUUCUGCGUUAGAUACGGCUAUCAGGUUCAUACCUUCUGGGGUAUUAGGCUUUGUGAUAACGCUGCUCACAACAAGGGCCAUUGAAUUCAUCGAUGGGAAAUAUAUCUUGAUUUCAGGAUUGGUUCUCUCGGUCCUGGCUCCCAUUCCGAGUUGUCUAUUGGCCGGGCAGACCUCGCAGUUUUGGGUCAACGUUUUGCCUACCUCAUUCAUUAGCGUUACGGGAAUAUCAAUCGGUUAUAUCACAGCCAGUACACUGAUGCUGAUCAGUGCGCCUAUGAAUGUGAAAAGCCUGUGUGGUGGCAUGAUCAAUACCGCGUACCAAAUCGGCGGUGGCGUUACUCUGGCCAUAUGUUCUGCCGUCGUGCAGGAAGUCGAUAUUGACAAGGGCCACGAUCUUGCUCAGCAAUAUACCACAGGUCUCUGGUGUACAGCAGGCGUAUCCGGUGUUGGGCUUUUGGUUGCGGUGUUCUUCCUAAAGAAUGACCACUCUGCUUCUGCUUCAGCGCGUGAAGGGAAACCAUCUAACACAAGAGCCGAGGUUUUGGAGCAUAUGGCUUAA